AUGGCCAUCUUCAACAUUACUUCGCACGAGCAGUUCAAAGAGACGAUUCAGAAGAACCCGGUCGUCAUCCUCGACGCCUUCGCGACAUGGUGCGGUCCUUGCAGGGCUAUUGCGCCCCAGAUGGCCAAUUGGUCCGAAAACCCCGAGUUCAAAGACAAGACGCUCUUUGCCAAGUUCGAUGUUGACCAGCUCCCCGACCUUGCCCAAGAACUCGGAAUCCGCGCUAUGCCGACCUUCUUUUUCUUUGAGAACGGCGAGAAGGUGGACGAGUUCGUCGGUGCCAACCCCGCCCGGGUACUGAACCUUAUUAAGAAGUAUAACCCGGAAGAGGCUGCUGUGUCCGCUGCUGCACCAGCUGCCGACAACGAAAGCAAGAACGAGAGCGAGACUGAGAACACCGAGGAGCCGAAGUCGGCGUAA